AUGAAGAGGAAGCCCAACGUGAACUUCAAGAACGAGGAUGGCCUUACGCCGCUCUUUAACGCGACGAUGUGCGGCUCCGCAGACUUCGUGGAGAAGUUGAUCAAGGCCGGGGCUGAGCCCAAUGUGGUUGCCACCGAGUACCUCCUGACACCACUUGAAUGGGUCACCGCAAAAGUCAAUUAUGACGAAGAGCGAGACCGGCGUUUGAACGACUUCGACCAGGUGAACCGACUGGAUGACACCUGCCUGGCCAUCCGACCAGACAUCGAGCCCUUCAGGAAGGUGAAGCAGGUGCUGGAGAAGAAUGGUGGCGUUGAAGCAAAGGCCUUCUCCAACAAUCCGAAGAUCAAGCCAGACGGCUCCAUUGAUGGGGGAAAGCCAUCCGAGCUGAGAUCUUAUAAGUUGUCAGCAGACGGUUCCUACACUGCGUCGCACUACCUCCGCUCGGGCAAGUUCGACCUGUUGAAAUAUGAGGAUGGACGGCUGGUGGAGUGCGAGUAUGAUCCAAAGACAGGACAUUGGGAAGGCUAUGAGGCCGCUGCGGCGACGGCGUGA